CGCUCACUCAAUCUGAGUGUCUCUGGGUCAAAUGAAGGAUCCCUCAGUAGACAAACACAUCCACAUUUGCACCUUGGUCAGAGUUUUAAAAAUAAAGAGUCUGUGUGAGAGACUGAGGCGCUAUGGAUCAAUGUGACUGCACAAAUGAAGACAUUGGAGGCCAUGACGGGAACAGUGACUCCCUGGAAGAGCUUCAGGAUUCAAGGGCAGCAGAUACAGCUGAGGAGGAAGAGCUGAGUGUGUCCUUCGAGUCAAAGUACUUCAAUUUAUACCCUCUGUACCAGGACUACCAGGACUACUGUGUGCUGGCGGGGAGAGAUGAUUUGAACAAACUGAACAAAGUUUUGUUGUGCUCACUGACAAUCCCCCAGGAGCUACAGACUCCUAUUAUCUGCCAUGGCCUCAGCGCUGAGGAUAAAAGCUUUCAACAACUAUCCAUUGGUGCGAAUAUAUGCUUGGCUAAGGCUCCCCCAGUCAGGUGUUCGACCCUUUGGCAAGAUCUAGAGGAGGUGAAGGCGUCUGGCCUGCUCGGAAGGUUGCCAGACAGAGAUAUCCGCCUUCAGGAGUUGAUGUUUGAGUUGAUCGGCUCUGAAGUGUCUUACCUAAACAGCCUUACUAUUGCUGUCAACCUCUUCCAUGCUUCGAAGGAACUGCAACAGUCCCUGACUCCAAUGGAGCAUCACAAUUUGUUUUCCAACAUUUGUCAAAUAAUGGCAGCCAGUCAAAAGUUCCUUAUGGAUCUGGAAGGUCAACUGGAGGAGAGUGUGUUGAUUUCUCAGGUGGAAGACAUUGUGCUGCAGCACUGCCCUGAGUUUCACAGGGUCUAUGUGCCGUAUGUGACCAACAUGAGGUACCAGGAGACGAUGGUCAACCAGCUGCUGCAGCAGAACAGAGAUUUUCUGCAUUUAAUCGAGAACAUUGAGAGUCACAAAGACUGUCAAAGACAGUGCCUGAAGUCAUUCCUUGUCCUUCCUUUCCAAAGAAUUACACGUAUUAAACUCCUCCUUCAGAGCAUCCUGAAACAGACCAAACCAGACGCUGACUCUAUAUCCAAUCUCGAAAAAGCAAUAGCAGCCAUCCACGAGAUUGUAACAGAGUGUGAUAAGGGGGUACAAAAAAUGGAACACAUUGAGGAGCUGGUUUAUCUGGACAGGAUGCUGGAUUUUGGCAAAAUGAAGUCUGUCCCUCUGGUUGUAAGCGGGCGUUUUCUGCUGCACCAGGGUCCCAUGAGACAAAGGAAUGUGGGGAUCAGUUGCUUCUCAAAUGUAUACCUCCACCUCUUUAAUGACCUUUUGGUUAUCUCCUCAAAGAAGCAUUGGUUCCAACACGCGGGGUUCACAGUUGCGGAUCAUGCUGAAUUCCCCAGACAUGUGAAAGUGGAGCAUGUUCAGACUGAGCUCCUGGGUCUGCCCCCAGACUCCUUCCUGUUGCAUCUCUAUAACAGUCACACCAGACAACCCACCACCAUGAAACUUGCUGCAGAAACAAGGUCGGAUACAGAGGUGUGGAUGAAGUUGCUGCAGUGUAAACGUUAGAGGAUUCAUGAAUCUGCAAACACAUUUUAAACUUCGAUUUGUGGUUUUAAAUUGCACAUUUCUAAUAUAAACCUUUGAUAAUAACAAUUAUUGUAUGACUUUUUAGAUUUAUCUUCCACUUAACUGCACCUUUUUAUAAUCUUAAUAAGGGCACCAUAUGGCACAAGGAUUUAAACAUGCACUUGUUUUUCACAAUUUGACACAAGGCAAGUAAAGGGAAACUUUUUGUAUUACUUCUUGAGAAUGUAUUUAUUCACUUGUAUUAAAAUGCUGGACACUU